UCUGGAUGCUGUCGCUCCACCUACUGCACGUGAAGUAGUAGUCUAGCUUUCUCCCUUUUGAGUUUCUAAAAGUCAAGUCUAAAAGCUGCGCAAUGGCGAGCAGGACUCGAUCAUCGGGGCAAGCAAGCGGCUCUAGUGGUUCCCCAGCACAAAGUAGGAACAGUAGGGAAAUGAUUGCCCAGUACACCACUGGGAAGAAGUUUAAAGUGAAGUGUCUUGGCAACCAGGAGAUGUACGAGUUUAGACCAGGUGAUCCGGCAGCCAAGGAGAUUAUCAGGAAACUGAGACAAGACAGCUCUCGACUGAAGAACAAAGUCAAGGCAACCAUCACUAUACAACUCAGGGAACUAACUGUCUAUGAUGAGAAAGUUAAGGCCAUAUCCCUCUCUGUGCCGAUCAGGAAGGUCAAGUUUGUGUGUCAUGAUCACCAAGACUACUCAGUGUUUGCGAUUAUCGUACAAUUUGAGAGGCCUGACUCAGUAGGAUACAAGCUCUACUGCUACCAGGCUGAGCAGAAAGUGUCAGUGAAUUUUGUUCGAUCGUUGAACGAGGUGUUCCAACUCGUCCAUAAGAUCAUGCAAGCCAAGAGACAGAAAACUCAGGCUGCUCAGGGAUCUGCCAGCAGGCAGGACAGCACCUCUAGUCAGCCAGGCCGUAAAGAAUCCAAGGAUGAGAGUGAGAGUCCUCCACCUGAAGAUCCACCCGUCCUCCUUGGUUUUGGGAUACCCGCUCCCCCUCCCUCAUACAAGGCUGCCAUAUCACACAAGAAUAAUGACAAAUACCGGAAACCAGAGGGCGUGCAAGCAGCACCAGUGGUUCUUGCACCUCCACCUAAAUCUUCACCCACAGCCAGUGGCAGGAGCAGGCCUCAACCCACGGCUCGUCAGCAAACCACACCCUCUCUUCCCAGCCUUGGACCACCCCCUGGCUCUCGUCCAGUGCCUAGACCAAGAGGAUCAGUACGACAGGCUAGCCAAGAGCAGAUAACUACCUCACCAGCUCAAGCUACUGCACAACCUACUGCACAAGCUUGGCCAACAGCAACCCAGCCAGCUCAGUCGAUUCAAGCUACUUCACAACCUACUGCACAAGCUUGGCCAACAGCAACCCAGCCAGCUCAGUCGAUUCAAGCUACUGCACAACCUACUGCACAAGCUUGGCCAACAGCAACCCAGCCAGCUCAGUCGAUUCAAGCUACUGCACAACCUACUGCACAAGCUUGGCCAACAGCAACCCAGCCAGCUCAGUCGAUUCAAGCUACUUCACAACCUACUGCACAAGCUUGGCCAACAGCAACCCAGCCAGCUCAGUCGGUUCAACCUUCUACACAGCCACAGUCACCUGCUAACACUGAGGGAGCAGGAGCAACUGGGGUGGAGUCUGCUCUACCAACACAGGGCACGGCAGACGUGUGGGGAGAGUGGAGAUCAUUGGAAGGAGAAUUGCAGAGUUUGGCACAGGAGGUUGGUGUUGAUAUGAACUCCAAUGCUGGAAAUUCGUUCGAUGGACAAGUGAGCUUUUCACCUGGAUUUAACGAAGAUCCUUUUGCCGAUAAUUUCUUCCAAACGUCCUUCGGCUUAUCCAACACGACUCCUGUAAACCAAGAAAACUCGGGAAACGUUGAUAUUUUCGCUUCAUUUGCUGAGACCCCACAACCAGCUCAAACUGACCCAUUCUCAAGCCCCGUUACAACAUCAGCUUCUUCAUCGUCUGUGAACAAUAGUCAACCAUCACAAUUGGCAGCAUUCGAAGAUCCUUUCGGCAGUCCUAUUAUUACUGGCUCCACCCAAAUUGCUCCACCUACUUUUCCAACAGCGGAAUCUGACCUGUUUACAGCAAACUCCGCAAGUACUGCAACUGUGACACCAUCAACAGAAGACCCGUUCAGUAGUAUCACAACGUCCACCGCUAACGCAUCAGGAACAACAUUUGUGGGCAACAAUGACUUUGGAUCAAAUUUUGCAACCACUGAAACUCCUUUGUCUGCAGUUUUAUUCGAGUCAAACUUUUCCGAAUCUCCAGUGCCCGCCACCUCUGGUCCACCACCAGAACUACCUCCCCCACCUCUUCCAAGAGAGCAGCCACCCCCGCCUCCCCCAAGAGAGCGGUCACUCCCACCCCCACCUCCCUCAAGACAGCGGCCAUCAAGCAGAUCCUCUGGUUCCAACGUUUCUGCGUUGUCAAUUACAGCGAGUUCAUUUGAUGCUGCAAGUUUCUCCGAACUUUCAAUACCUAUGCCCACAUCAACUCCGAUACUUGAAGCACCCGUACUGUCCCCUCCCUCAAAUGUUAAGUCGUCCAUCAGUUCAAGUGUAGCCCCAUCACAAGUGCAAGCAACCCCAGUGCCAUUUGAGUCAGUCUUCUCAGAGCUGCCGAAAGACCCGUACACUUCAUCACCUUUGGCUCCCAGCACAGCUCCCACACUGGAAUCAGCUACAUUGUUUGAAGCAGAUUUUUUCCAACCACCAGCGAAUGUACCCACUGCUACAGCAGCACCAGCUAAGCCAGGACCGCUGUUGGCAGGCCCCCCUUCAAAUCCACGCUCUCGAUCUCGUGGCAAAGUUAGCGACUCUGUUACCAAUACAACGGUACCACAGCAAAGUUCGUUCCAAAGUCCAAGCAAUAGCAUAAACUCGGAUUUAUUCUCUCUACAGACCACAAACAGUGUUUUUCAACCAGAAGCACCAGCUCCUAAUGCUACUGCAUUUACUGCCACUCAGGCCAUUGGGGCACAGCCUCCUAACUUUCCUGUUGAUUUGAAUUGGGGUGUGAGUGACCUUCAGUCCCCGGCUGCUAUUUUUCAAGCAGGACCUGUACAGCCUGAAAUGGCUUCUCAUUUCCCUGGUAAUCAAAGCUUGGGAUAUAUCGAUCCAGCUCAACAAAGUUUUCCAGUAGAUCCAGGCUGGGGUGGUAACAACUAUCAGCAGCAAGCAGCCUUUCCUCCCGCUGUAGCUCCACAGCAACAGCAAUCCUUCCCGGCUCAAGGCUACGGACAGGGGGACAUGUUUCAACAAGACAAUGCACAGGCAAUGUAUCAACUCCCGGUACAAGAACCACCAGUAAUGCGUGCACAUCCUCCCCAAAUGGACUCUGGAAUCUACUCUCCACCGCAAACAAACUCCUUCAUGAGCGAUCAAGCUGUAGACAUGUCGUUGAAUCCCUUUGCCGGAGAAUUUAGCUCACCCCCAUAUGCUAUUCACUCGAGUACACCCCAAACACCAGGCAUGAACGGUUACGCUCAGCACCCAGCCUCUCCCCCCGCCCCACCCCCUAGGGCAGUGAUAAAUGGACCGGAUCCAUUUGCAGAGCUACUUCCGUUAGCACUAAGUCCGAGCAAAGACACAAGCAAGAAGAUUGAAGAACCACAAGCACCUCCUGUUACCACUAACGAAACUCCUAAGACCACACAGCCAAAACUACAACCCAAAAGACCGUCUCUAAACGAUUUGUACAAGGAGAAACAUAGUUUCAAAGCGCUUAGUGUGGACACUGCAGAGACAGAUUCUAUCCACAAAGAACCAGGCGAUGAUAACUCCAACUCGUCGUCACCGUGGAUAGCAUUCUAAGUAGUAUAUCGUUAAUAGGUGUCAAGUACCUUAAAGUAUUGUUUUUAUACGCAUUUAUAUUGCACGUUUUUAGCAUUGUUAGCACAUUAUUGUAAUGUAGAAUUUAUAUAUACAUCAUGUAGUCUGUCUUUCAUAUUUAGAAUUUGUAGAAUUAUGUACAAUGUUUCAUAUUUAUCGUAUCUAUUCUAUUUUUAUGAGUUCGCUGUUGAAGCGUGAUAAAUGAGAUUCAUUUGGUUGGA